GGUCUUCAAUAAUGAGUAAGGGUACUUCCUCGUUCGGUAAGCGCCACACCAAGUCGCACACCUUGUGCCGUCGUUGCGGUAGACGUUCCUUCCACAACCAAAAGAAGACUUGCGCUCAGUGCGGUUACCCCGCUGCCAAGAUUAGAUCUUUCAACUGGUCCGAGAAGGGUCAGCGUAGAAAGACCACCGGUACCGGUCGCAUGCGUCACUUGAAGGAGGUCCACCGUCGUUUCAAGAACGGUUUCCGUGAGGGUACUCAGGCCGUCAAGCAAGUUAAGCCUGCUGCCUCUGCUUAAAUAUUGCUUUGAACCUCUAAUUCCGUCUUUAUUUUCUUUGAACUUGUUUUGUACAUUGCAUGAAUUUAACAUGGGAUAUCAAUGAAAUAAAAAUAUACAAAGACAAACUUACGGAUUAUGACUAUAU